UACGUAGCUGUCAGUAGCAAAUGCGGGCGGCGGGUGAAGGAUGUGUCCCGUGUCCGCACCGCCGAGCUCGGAUGAAUUAAACAAAGAAAAAGAUGUCGGGGAUGAGUAGCGAAGAGUAUCAGUGAGCAGAGUGCAGGGUUGGAAUGGUUGUACAUCCAGCGUGUUCGGAAGAAGUAGCGCAGACGUCCGGCUAGCAGGCUAUGCUAGCUAGCUAGCCUAGCUAGCUAAGCACACCAUCCGCAGGACGUCAGCGCGUCCACAUCCUCGCCGUACUCGGCGGUGCCUUCUCCGGCGUCGCUUUCCUCUCCGCCCCGGGGGCUUGGCGGAUACCGGGGCUGUGGCGGGGCAACGCGCGGACACCGCGGCGACCCGGGCGGACGGAUCCGAGUGACAAACGCCGGGAGUGGGAGAGCUCUCAUCGGAUCAUGGCAGAACUUUCAACCUUGUCCCCGUCACCAUCCGCAUUGGGUGACCCCCACGCGACUCCCUCUGUCCCCUCAUCCUCGCCGGCAGCCCGCACUCCUGACCUGGCCAUGGCGACGUCAACACCCAAGUGUUUGACUGAAACUACUCCGGCACCGCACCCGGAGGGCGUGACUUCCGCACAGCUGCCACCUCAGAGUCCCUUGAAGGUCGCUGCUGAGACACCGGUGGGUGCCCUCCCUUGUGUAUGCCAGGGGGCGGCGGCACAACAUGAGGAUGAGGAGGCAAAGACUGGCGCUCAUGUUGAGCGUCAGGACCUUCUCUCCAAUGAAGCAUCACUCGCAGCUCCGCCGGAUUUGUCCUCCGGCGAGCUUAGCGCUCAACCGGCGUCCCCUUCCACUGACCUUACCCCAGGCCCAAAUCUCUACCCCAGUGUGCACGUCACCCACAACCCGCAUCCAGGUGGGGAUGAUGUCGCCCAACCCGCAGACGGAGACGCCACAGUGACCGUGGAGGAGGAACCUCAGAAAGAACAAGCCCCCAAGAGUCCACCUCCACCUGUGUCCCCGAAGCCCCAGAGUCCACCUCCACCUGUGUCCCCGAAGCCCCAGAGUCCACCUCCACCUGUGUCCCCUAAGCCCCAGAGUCCACUUCCCCCUGUGUCCCCUAAGCCCCGGAGUCCACCUCCACCUGUGUCCCCGAAGCCCCAGAGUCCCAUUAAAGCACAGCCGCCAUGCAGCCCCACCGCCGGAGCCGGGCACCCCAGCCCGACGGUGCCAUUCAUCCAAGAGCCAGCCCCUUUCUUCCCGAUGGCCACUUCGCGCCCGGCCCCCGACACCCUCAGCUACUUGGAAUCAGCCAGCCUAAUGUCGGGCACGCUGGAGUCCCUGUCUGGCUUGGGGGAGGACGGAAGCUCGAUUGGCUCCGAUUCGGAAAUCAAUGGCUUGGCGGUCAAGCGUACUGACAAGUACGGAUUUUUGGGCGGCACGCAGUACAGCGAAAGCGGUGAAAAGGAAGUUCGGAUUGAAGUGGCCCGGCAGAGAGAGAUGAAAUGGCUGGAAAUGUUCAACAACUGGGAUAAGUGGAUCAAACAUCGCUUCCAGAAGGUGAAGAUGCGCUGCAGGAAAGGGAUUCCGUCAUCUCUCCGCUCCAAAGCCUGGCAGCUGCUGUCCAACAGCCAGGAGCUGCUGGAUGCCAACAUCGGCAAGUUCGAGGAGCUGGAGAGGGAUCCAGGAGAGGCCAAGUGGUUGGACAUCAUCGAGAAGGAUCUUCACAGGCAGUUCCCCUUCCACGAGAUGUUUGCUGCACGCGGGGGCCACGGACAACAGGAUCUGUACCGCAUCCUGAAGGCCUACACCAUCUACAGGCCUGACGAGGGCUACUGCCAGGCGCAGGCUCCCGUAGCUGCUGUCCUCCUCAUGCACAUGCCUGCAGAGCAAGCCUUCUGGUGCCUCGUCCAGAUUUGUGAGAAGUACCUUCCGGGCUACUACAGCGCCGGGCUGGAGGCCAUCCAGCUGGAUGGGGAGAUCUUCUUCUCGCUGCUGCGCCGCACGUGUCCCAUGGCCUACCGCCACCUCAAGAAGUUCAAGAUUGACCCCAUCCUCUACAUGACCGAAUGGUUUAUGUGCAUCUUCUCGCGCACGCUGCCGUGGGCGUGCGUCCUGCGCGUGUGGGACAUGUUCUUCUGUGAAGGCGUGAAGAUCGUGUUCCGCGUGGGCCUGGUGCUGCUCAAACAGAUGCUGGGCUCCGUGGACAAAUUGCGGGAGCUGCAAGGGAUGUACGAGACCAUGGAGCGUCUGAGGAGCAUCUCCCCUGACACCAUCAGGGAGGACACUCUGGUCCAGGAGAUCAUUCUGAUGCAGGUCACUGAGGGCCUGAUAGAGCGGGAGUGCACCAUCCAGGUGCGGAAGUGGAGGGAGUCCAGAGGUGAGCUGACACACCAGCCGGGCCGCCGCCUCCACGGCACCAGAGCCAUCUUUGAGCACAAACGCCGCGCCGCUUCCAUCAGCUCUGGCGGGAGCUUCUCUUUUCUGGCCAGCUCCAUUCCUCCGCCAGGACCUCUCCGGGCCUCCUCGUCUUUACUUUCGCUUCCUGGCUUCCGCAAGUCCAAAGCACCUUUCCACACUCAAGCCAAGAAAAGCUCCUUCUCCGGCCCAUCCAGUUUUGAGGGGAGGCGACCUCAGUCACCCCCUGUGGUCGUAUCCAACUCGGCCAGCCACAAACCGCCCAUUCCUCCCGGGGCGGUACAGAGGGCGCCCCAGGUCCAGAGUCCCUUGGUCGGCAGCGGCACGCCCUCUCGUGGACCCGCUCCGGCCUCGGACGCUUCGUCUCCAAGUCAGAGCACACCCCCGCCAAACACUCUGUCCCCCACCCCGAGGAUCGUCUCCGAGCAGAUCACGCCCACCAUCCCCUCCCCCACCGCCAACAACACUCCUCUGCCGCUCUGCGUCGACCCAAAGAAGGAAGUCGCCGAGGCCAAGACCCCGCCUGUCGGGGAAGACGGCCGCAAGAAGAAGAAGAGCAAAGAGGACAAGAAGAAGGAGCGGGAGGAUGAGAAGAAGAAGUUGAAGGAGAAGAGGGAGAGAGAGAAGGCGGAGAAGGAGAAGAUGAAGAAGGAGAAGGAGCGUCUGGAGAAGGAAAAGAAAAAAGGGGGCAAGAAAAAGGACAAAGGGGGGGCCCCGCAGGCCGAGGACAAAAACGGUGCGGCGGCAGCGCGGGAUUCGGCCUAGUUUGACCGCGAAAAGAAAAGGUCAGCGUGACAAAAGACCAUCAGAGAUGGAGCCAUGCAUAAAAAAAAAUGGGAUGACUUCCUGGAUGGUGAUUUUAAAAAACACCACAGGGGGUCUUUUUGCCCCCUCUCUCCGUCUUUUAAUCUCAUUUUCACAACAUUACUGUUCUUUUUUUAAGUAAUAUUAUUUUAUUCUAAUGCAGCCAGGAACACUGAGGUGCCACAGAAGAUGUAAAUAAUAGUAAUAAUAAUAACACCUUUCCGCCUCCAAAGACAUUUCAUUGGCUUGUCGUGUGCAUUGCUCGUUGACCCCUCCCCCCGACCCCACACACAGCUGUACUACAUGGGAAAACUCCUGGAAGACGGAACCUAUUUAUUGUCCUGUUCGAUGUUGUGUGUGCCUUUAGUAGCGUAGCGUCAGUGUGGCGUGUGCGGCCCCCCCUGCUGGCGUGGACUUGGAGGGACGCACACAGCACACAAGACCAGAGACAAGCGCUUUGGAGAGGAGUGUGUGCGUGUUUAGAUAACAAAAACAAGAGUGGGACUUUUUUUUUUGUCUUUUAAAUCGUUUUUAGUUCGGGCCUCAGUGCUGACACCUGAAGCAGACGUGUAACGACAUACGAGUGUUUAUAACAACAUGGAAAUUACACCAAUGAGUAUUACUUUUUUUUAAAACCCUAAUAUGCAUUUUAAUUUAGCCAAAUGUCAGAAUGAAGACGAUGAAGGAUGACCUUUGCACUUGUGAGCUCGUCACACUGAAGUCCACCAACGCUGUGGCUCUCAAAACAUAAAACGCCACCUGACCCCGUGGUGCCAGGUGUGCUCAUGUAGCAUUAACCUGUGACCCCUAAUGUAUUUAUGUACAAAGUUGGUUAAUUUAAUCAAAUAUAUUAUGGAUGAUGAAUAUUAUUAUUUCGGAUCGGACUAUUUUUCUAUAUGAGAGUAUCGGGCGCCUGGUUGACUGGAACAUUGGCCGACCGCCCGCUUUUUUUUUGCACGUUGUCGUUGACGGGAAGCUUCGAUGCUACCGCGAACUUUGUGGGAGUCAAAGGUCUUAACAGGUGAGCGUUAUUUUCUGCUUCCUUAUUUGUGCGGUCGUCAGCAUUUUAACGCGUCACUAACUAUUUACGCUCCUUGUACUGGACUGUAGACGUGUUGUCGCGACAAGGGCCCAUCAGUCGGGGCCGAGACUCCCGUUGUAGUGAAGGAUUGUGGGACUUUGUGUAGCCAACAUGUCCUCCCGUUAGCCGCCAUGCCAAUCCGUACACGCCCGUGUAGUGUAGACCUGGACACUUCUAUGCAAACUGAUCUUCCUAUAUAUAUAUAUAUAUACAUAUAUAUACACACACACAUACACACACACACACACACACACACACACACCCGUGUGUAUAUAUGUAUAUAUAUAUAUUUAUAUAUGUAUGAGUGCGCAUGUGUGUAUAUAUAUAUAUAUAUACAAACACACACAAGCCUGCAUACAUAUGUGUCUAUAUAUAUAUAUAUAUAUAUACACACACACACACACACACGUCUGUAUAUAUAUAUAUAUAUAUAUAUAUAUAUAUACAUACAUACAUACGCAUAUACGUGGCGGGACAAAUAAAAUAAUUCUCUAGGACGCCGUCGUCACAUGAGCAAUACGUCCCUGCAGCAGCGCCAUGGUUACCAAACUCACUAAAGAAAAGAAGAAAAACAAGAAGUGUGUUUCCUUCAGGUCCUUUUGUGCAUUUCUGAUCUGUGACAAAAAGCUCUAUGUUCGAUUCGAACCACUCCACCAAUGCAAAUAUUUAAGUCUGUUUUAGGUCAUUUUUUAAUUUUUUUUUUUAAGUUUACAAGUCACUCUCCAGUGAAAGUGAGGUAAAAUCAUAGCUAAUUGAAUUCAUUCCUUCACAUCUACAAGUGAUGUAUUGAAUUAAUAAUGAUGAUAUUUGUGAUGAGUAAUAAACCAUAAUAAUAUA